AUGAUGCCUCUCGCACCGACCCCUGUGGUGGCGGUGCCAUCGAAGCCGAAGAUCGGGUUCAGCAUAGACAGUAUAGUUGGUGGUUCGGAGCGGUCGAAGCGGGCGUCGCCGCCGCUCGCCAGUCCGGGCUCCCCGUCGCCGAUAGCGUCUCCGAGGAGCCCCUCGCCGCGUCCUUUGCUGAGGCCGAGCGCUUUGCCAGCCGUCUUCCCGGCGCCCGAACUGAAGCGGCUGCCCUACUUGGACGCGCAGAGCCACCACCACCAGUUCCUGGCGCACUUCCAGGGGGCGGCCCUGGCGGCGGCCCUCGCCCACCAGCAGCAGGGCUUCGGGGCGCCUCUGCCGCCCCACCCCCCGCCCCACCCCGCCGCACCGGUCCCGAGGGAGUCCUACCAGCUGUACCCGUGGCUGAUCAACAGGCACGGGAGGAUAUUCCCGCACCGGUUUCCCGGAGGCCCCGACAUCCCCGGCUUCCUGCUGCAGCCGUUCCGCAAGCCCAAGAGGAUCAGGACCGCCUUCUCUCCCUCCCAACUCCUCAAGCUGGAGCACGCCUUCGAGAAGAACCACUACGUGGUGGGGGCGGAGAGGAAGCAACUCGCGCAGGCGCUGAGCUUGACGGAGACCCAGGUGAAGGUCUGGUUCCAGAACAGGCGGACGAAGCACAAACGGAUGCAGCAGGAGGAGGAAGCGAAGAGCGGCACCAAAUCCAGCUCGUCCAGCAAACCGGAGGAGAGCCAGUUCAACAACUCCUACGAGGAGGACGAAGAGCUGAUCGACAUGGACGAUCUGAGUGAGAGUGAGAACGAGACG